UGAAAUUUCUAAUCAAACGAUAGCUGCAACGUUGGCGAAGUAUGGCAAAAUAGUGAAGGUGGAUCGGGAAAUGUAUCGUGAUUGGCCUAAUGUCGAAACUGGGGUUCGACUGGCAACAAUGAGUGAAUUAACUGAGGGGAUUCCCCGUCGUCUCUUCAUUGGCCCUUAUCCGAUAGAAACUAGAUAUCGUGGGCAAGUGCCUUUAUGUGGUCGAUGUGGCGAAUAUGGUCAUCGAGUUGCUACAUGUUCGAAUGAUGUAAAGUGUUUCAAGUGUGGUCAAAAUGGUCACAUACAACGUCAAUGUUUCAAGUGUUUUCUAUGUGGACAGUUUGGGCAUGUCAGGGCAAAUUGUCUCGAGAAUCGACGUGACGUGUCCAAUGACAGCGAUGAUGAAACGUCGGAAAGUAAUUUGAGUAACGAUAUUGGUCGUGAUGAAGACCGUAGCGUAGACUCUCGGUCGAAUGAUGAAGAUAUGGACCCUGUGGACUCGACAAGUUGUAAGGAUCCAGGUGACAUCAGAGAUGAAGUCAUGAACAAGAUAUAUAAUGAUGUCAGCCAAUCUUACUCAGCAGAACAAGGAUCUGUUCAAACCGUCGAGAACAACAAAAGAAAAGCAGAAGAGGACGUUUCCAUACCUGACGAAGGUGUUAAGGUUCCUGGAGACUCCACUGACCAACGUGUCAGUGACAUGGGCAGCUCACCUGAAGAACGGACAAAAAAGACCAAUAAGGAGAAAAAGAAGAAGAGGAAAAAACAUAAUAAACCUUAAGGGACAAUGGCGGAAAUUAGUGUGGUAUCUUUAAAUGUUAAUGGGCUUAGAGACCAUCGGAAACGUCGUCUGCUGUUUGAUUUUUUAAAGUAUGAAAAUUUGAUGUAAUAUUUCUUCAAGAAACGUAUAUUGCAACCGUUGACGAUUGUGUAAAAUGGAACAAGGCGUCGGGUCUGAAAGGGUAUUGGAGUCUUGGCUUGUCAAAUAGUUGUGGUGUUGGUAUAUUACUCCGUGAUCCCGACAGAUUCCAACACUGUACUUUUCGUUGUGAUGCUGCUGGACGUAUCAUUUCUUUGGACUGUACAUUCAAUAGUCAGGACUUGAGGUUUAUUAAUAUAUAUGCCCCUACUGACGGGUCCAAGCGCAUAGAAUUUUUUCAAAGUCUUGAUAAACAUUUUGUCUCUCGUAGACGGUUAAUUAUUGGAGGUGAUUUUAAUUGCAUGUUAGAUUUGGCGAACGAUAAAUAUGGCGGAAAUCCUGUCUCAGGAGAUACUGGUGCUUUAUAUCUCAAGAAACUAAUACAGAGAUUUGAUUUAGUUGACGUUUGGCGUAAACAGCAUCCAACUGAUCGUCAAUUUACGUGGCAAACUAAACGUGGUAACAUUAAAUGUCGUUUGGACAGAUUUUAUUUUUCUUCAUCGCUUGUAAGGGAUUAUGACAUCGAAACAGACAUAAUGAUCUAUCCCUAUUCGGAUCAUGAUCUUGUUCGGGUAUUGUUAACAGUUGACAAAGCUACUAGUAAUGUUGGUCCCGGUGUGUGGAAGCUAAAUGUCUCAUUAUUACAAGUGCAAGAAGUUCGUGAGCAAAUUGCUUCAUUUUGGGAACAUUGGAAAGACAGGAAAAAUGAUUUUGGUAAUGUAGCAGAAUGGUGGGAUUAUGGCAAGUUACGAGUUAAAUCUCUUUUUCUCAAAUAUAGUCACAAAGCAUCUCGAAAGCGCAAGCAAGAACGUGCGACCGUACUUAAUCGCUAUCGUCGUAUUGUGUGUAAAACCAAUUUAUCGGAGGACGAAGUUAAAGAACUCGACUUAGUUAAGUCCCAAUUGGAAACUAUGGAUUUAAAACGUAUUCAAGGAAACAAGAUUCGAAGUGGAGCAAAAUGGCUUGAAUCAAACGAACAGCCAUCACGCUUUUUCUUCCAAAAGGAGAAAAGACGAGCGGUUAAGAAAACGUGUCCUGCUCUGCGCACGAGUGAUGGGCGGAGAUUGACUGAGCAAGAUGAUAUCUCAAAGGAACAAGUUAGUUUUUAUAAAGAACUUUAUUCAGAAAUGCCGACAGAUAAAGUUGCCCAAGAUCGGUUACUCAAUUUACUGGACAGAAAACUAACAAAUGAGCAACGCGAUUCAUGCGAGGGUCAGUUAACGGUGGAUGAAUGUUUGGUAGCAGUAAAGUCUAUGGCAAAUGGCAAAACCCCUGGUUCCGACGGUCUACCGAAAGAAUUUUAUUUGUCCUUUUGGGACCUGCUUAAAGAAGACUUUGUUGAAAUGGCAAAUUAUUGUUUUUCAGUUGAACUGAUGCCUGAGUCUAUGCGCCAAGCAUUAAUAUCACUGUUGUUUAAGAAAGAAGAUCCUGAAUUAUUGAAAAACUGGCGCCCAAUUUCGCUCCUCAAUACAGAUUACAAGAUUAUUACAAAAGUUCUGGUAAAUCGUGUUAAACCUGUUAUGCCCAUAAUAAUACACCCGGAUCAAUGCUGUUCUGUCCCUGGUCGUUCGAGUGAAGACAAUGCGACUCUCCUACGAGACGUAUGUGACUAUCUGGAAGUUAAUGAAAGAAUGGCCUGUGCCUUUAUGUCGAUAGAUCAAGAAAAAGCGUUUGAUUAUGUUGACUGGGGCUUUUUAGACAGAAUUUUAGAUACCAUGAACUUUGGUCCACAAUUUCGAUCAUACAUUAAAUGUAUUUAUCAUGAUAUUCAGAGUGCUAUAAUCUCCAAUGGUUAUGUUUCAGAAUUUUUUCAAGUGCAACGAGGUGUACGACAAGGGUGCCCGCUAUCUCCAUUGUUGUUUGUCAUAGUGGCGGAAGUGUUUGGACAAGCGAUUCGGAAGUGGCCAGAAAUACAGGGAUUGCGUGUGCCUGGAGGGAAGGAAGUGAAAAUAUCACAAUAUGCUGAUGAUAACACCUGCAUUGUUACCAAUUCAUAUGGCCUUGUUAAAGUCAUCGAUGUCUUUAAUGAAUAUGGUCGAGCAUCCGGAGCGAGGCUUAAUACACCGAAAUCAAAGGGUCUUUGGCUCGGUAGGUGGCGAUCUCGUACUGAUUCACCCUGUGGUCUAACGUUGGUUAACACGAGCUUAAAAAUUGUUGGUAUUUACUUUGGUUCCGAAAAUGCAAAUAUCCAGUCAUGGGCAGAGGUUACGGCCAAAUUCAAGGGAAUAUUGAAGAAAUGGGAACCACGGUAUCUAACGUUACGGGGGAAAAUGACGGUGAUCGGGAGUCUGGUGGCUUCGACGCUUUGGCAUGUGGUAAAGAUAUACCCGCUAACGCGUGAAUGUAUUGACUCGCUACAAUCAGAAAUUUGGAAAUUCGUUUGGUCAAAGAAACCGGAGUGGGUGCGUCGGGAAACGUGUAUGUCAGACUAUCUGAAUGGGGGUCUGCGAAUUAUUAAUCUUGACAUCAAAAGCAAAGCAUUGUUGAUUGGUCGUGUUUUCCGAUUUUUUGAGGAGAGUGAGGCACCUUGGAAAGAUUUCAUGCGUUAUUACAUCGGACGGUCUUUAGGCAUAAACGAUAACUCGAGACCAAAUAGCGACAUUCCAACUCCGUUUUAUAGUCAUCUUCUUCGUGUUCUGAGAGAAUUUGCUGUUGAUUUGGGACAACCUUGCACGAGUAAAAUGUAUUAUUUAAACCGUAUUGAAGAUUGUGUUACCCCGGUACAAGCAAGAAGCGAGUUAGCUUGGAAUCAAAGAUUUGGUCCUGGUUUAAUCUGGAAAGAGAUUUGGACAGAUGUCGCUCGAAGUUUCAAUGAUCCAGUGUUACGUGAUUUUGAUUGGCGCGCGGUACAUCGGGUUUUGCCUGUCAAUUUCAGAGUGCAUAAAUGGUAUUCAAGAAUAUCCUCAGCAUGUGCACGGUGUGGUGAAAGAAUCGAAACAUUGGAACACACGUUGAUUCAUUGUCCGAUGGUAAAGGAGCUGUGGAUGUUUAUUCUGAAACUGUGCAAUCAAAUUGAUGCAUCGGUUAUUGGUCUGUCAGAACGGAAUAUGUUGUUGGGUUGUUUCCCGCGAACAAGAACAAGAGACCUUUUGCGUUACUUAAUUAGUGUUGGCAAAUUUUCCGCGUGGAAAGAGCGCGUGUCAUAUCAGUUUAGGAAGGAUGAGAAAAUCAACAGUCUUGUAUAUUUUAGGAAUUAUGUGCGAACUCGAUUAGAAACAGAACAGGGCAUCAUGGGCACGAAAAACUUUGAGUCAAAAUGGUGUUUAAACAAUGUCUUAGCAUGUGUCACAAACGGUAUAAUUCGAACUUUGAUCUAACAGUCAAUAUUUGUGUGACUUAAUGUAAAUAAUUUAAUGUAAUCUAAUGCAUGUGAAUUGUGUGUCAAAUAAUUUUGAUUCCCCGUAGUGAUAUACACUAUGUGGGGUUUUUAAUAAAAAAUUACUCUUACCUAAUGGUAGAGUUUUGACGGGCUCUGAGGUACACGGGCUGUUGUCUGUUUCUCGACUUAGAGACGUGCAACGUUUACUAGUCGAAAAGGAGAUGUGGGUCUUGAGUUUUCCUGCAAAUUCAAGUCCCGAAUUCAAGACUCAUGCCAGGUCUUGAAUUGAAAAUGUAAAACCAGGUAACUGGUUAUUAUUUUUUCGUAAUAACCGGGUAGCAGGUUAUUACGGAAAAAUAAUAACCUGGUAGCAGGUUAUUACGGAAAAAUAAUAACCUGGUAGCAGACUAGCAGGUUAUUAUUUUUCCGUAAUAACCUGCUACCAUACUGCUACCCGGUUAUUAUUUUUCCGUAAUAACCUGCUACCCGGUUAUUAUUUUUCCGUAAUAACCUUCAACCCCGUAUUUCCCCCGGAGAAAUCAAAUACCACCGCCUGCUUUUAGACUGAAGGUUAUUACGGGGGAGUUAAAAACCGACGAAAUACAAAAGAAUAUGGUCUGAUGAGUUUGUAAUGAUAUUUAAACCCACGUUAGAACCCCAGUUGAAAACCAUACCAGAUAUUCACGCCAAUUAAAACCCAUACCCUUAUUUUACCAGUAUAGCAAUCUCAUAUCUCAUUAUAUCAUAAUUUUGCAUGUGUUAUAGCGUCUUCGUAGAACUGAGAGUGAUGCAGAAGAAGGAAUAGACGAAGACGACUCGAGCUCGGAGGAAAAUGGUGAACGUGUUCAAUGUUAUCCCUCGUGA